AUGCAAUCCAAAGCUUAUCUCCUCGUCUUCACUGCUUUGAUCUAUCUCUUUGUUCAAGUCGAUGCCGCUUGUAAUUGCGAUCCCUCAGAUACCUCUUGUCUUCAAAAGUGUGUAACUAAUGGCCAACAAUGUAUCUCAAACUGUAAUGGUGAUACCAGCUGUUACAACAGCUGUAUCGAGAACAACUGGCCCGGCCAAACUGAAUCCUCUGCCACUGCCUCUCAAGCUGCCUCUACCUCUGCCUCUGCCUCUGCCUCUCAAGCUGCUUCUGUCACCACUGAAUCCGCCUCUUCUGCAUCUGCCAGUGCCACUACUGUUGCCCCCUCCUCUGUCGUUGUUGUUCCCAGCGGUAGCUCUGCUGCCCCUUCUGCCACUGCUCUCUCAUCCAUUGUAUCUGCUGCUUCCUCUGCUGCUUCUUCUCUCGCUAGUGUCUCAAGCGCUAUUUCAUCGAGCCUUGCCUCUGCCUCAAGCGCUGCCACAUUCACGCCUACCCCACCUGCCUCUUCCCAAGCACCUGCACAAUCUGGAGCCGCUUCCAAGCCCCUCCUCGUACCUGCUGUUGCCAUCGGUGUUGCAUCAAUCACUGUUAUUGUUCAAUUCUUCUUCUUGGCUCGCAUGGGUAACAUGUUGUUCCAUUAA